AUCAAGAAAAGAGUAGCAAGGAAUUGGUCGGAGAGAGAGAAACGUGCUGCAGAGUUUUCAGUGUUCAUCCAUACUUUGGGUGUCUGCUUUCUCUCACAGCACAAGUGCUUGGCUUGGGACUUGGGCAAAGAUGAUCAUGGAAGCCCUGAAUCCAAUGCACUACAACAUCACCAGAGUGGUCUCAGAGACAAUGCCGGCAGCCACCGUUCCUCUCUUGCUCCUAAUGGGAUUCCUUUUCUUAAUAUGGACUUGUGAAGAGACGUCAACCAUACCAGGGCCUGGCUACUGUAUGGGUCUUGGCCCCCUUAUUUCUCAUGGACGGUUCCUCUGGAUGGGCGUGGGCAGUGCUUGUAACUACUACAACAAGAUGUAUGGUGAAUUCAUGAGAGUCUGGAUCAAUGGAGAAGAGACCCUCAUUAUUAGCAAGUCUUCAAGCAUGUUCCACGUAAUGAAACAUGGACACUACAUUUCUAGAUUUGGGAGCAAGCUGGGCUUAAAAUGCAUUGGCAUGCAUGAGAACGGCAUCAUAUUUAACAAUAACCCAGCACUCUGGAAAGAAAUCCGACCCUUUUUCACCAAAGCGCUAUCAGGUCCGGGUCUUGUGCGGAUGAUAGCUAUUUGUGUGGAAUCAACGGCUGAACAUCUGGACCAGCUAGAGGAAGUGACUACCGAGCUUGGGUACAUCAACAGCCUGAAUCUCAUGAGACGCAUCAUGCUGGACACUUCAAACAGACUUUUCCUCGGGAUUCCUCUUGAUGAGAAGGCCAUUGUGCUUAAAAUUCAAAACUACUUUGAUGCUUGGCAAGCGCUUCUCCUGAAACCCAACAUCUUCUUUAAGAUUUCUUGGUUGUACAAAAAAUAUGAGAAGUCUGCGAAGGAUUUGAAAGAAGCCAUUGAAAUCUUAGUAGAACAGAAACGACAAAACCUCUUCACCGUCGAGAAACUGGAGGACCACAUGGAUUUUGCAUCACAGCUGAUUUUUGCACAGAGCCGUGGGGAAAUAACUGGUGAGAUGGUAAACCAAUGUGUUUUGGAGAUGCUGAUAGCUGCCCCAGAUACUCUCUCGGUGACUCUCUUCUUCAUGCUAGUGCUGAUUGCAGAACACCCUCAAGUAGAAGAGGAGAUGAUGAAGGAAAUACAGACUGUGAUGGGUGACAGAGAGAUCCAAAGUGACGACAUGCCAAAGUUAAAAGUGGUGGAGAACUUUAUUCUUGAGAGCAUGAGAUAUCAGCCAGUCGUGGACUUGGUCAUGCGCAGAGCCUUGCAAGAUGACGUGAUUGAUGGUUAUCCUGUGAAGAAAGGAACAAACAUCAUUCUGAAUAUUGGGCGCAUGCAUAAGCUUGAGUUCUUUCCUAAGCCAAAUGAAUUCUCACUUGACAAUUUUGAGAAAAGCGUCCCCCAUCGUUACUUUCAGCCCUUUGGAUUUGGUCCCCGUGGUUGUGUUGGGAAGUUUAUUGCCAUGGCUAUGAUGAAAGCCAUCCUGGUGACUCUUCUGAGAAGGUGCAGUGUCCAGACUCUAAAAGGCAAAGGUCUUAACAACAUUCCAAAAAACAAUGACUUGUCUUUGCAUCCAAAUGAAAGGCAGCCAUUGCUGGAGAUGCUUUUCAUGCCAAGAAGCAACAUGGGCAACAGCCGUCAGGAUGAAUAAAACAGCUUAUGUAGUAUCAGGACACUGAUUGGUUGGGCUACCCUAAUCAAAACUGAUUGGUUGGACUAUCCUGAUCAAAACAAGAACUCUCACCCAUCCCACAUGCAUCCAUUCACUCAUUCAAUGAAUAGAUUGCUGAUGCAAGUGGCCAUUUGACAGCUUCUUCUAAUUGCCAUUUGAGACAGAGCCCUAUUUUUGAGGUAUACAAAAGAAAGCUAUUGAUAGUAAGUUAAUGAUCAUGCACACGAAAAUCUACAAAUACCGCUAUGAAUCAUUCUGUUCAGCUGGAAUUAUAUGAUGGAAAUUCCAUUCUUGUAGAAGCCCUGAAGAACCCAUUUCUGCAGGUCCAUCAAGAUGAGUCGGGUUACUCAAGAGGCAGCAGCUGAAUUCUAGUGCUACUGUUGAGUAGGAAGCAAAAAUAAAAUGUUGACGUUCACAAUC